AUGACUGAAGACCUGCAGCAGCAGCAGCAGCAGGAGGAGAGGGUGGAAGUGGGUGGAGCUCGUGGGGUGGAGGUGGGUGGUGCACGUGGAGUGGAGGUGGGCGGUCUCCUGAGAGGUCUAGGGUGGGUGGAGCGACAACUCUCCUCCAGCGUCAACCUCCACCUCCUCCACGCCUACACUGACUACGCCCACCAGAGGAAGGAGGGUCCCAAGUCUGGUGCCGAGGCGUGUGAGAGUGGAGGGUGCCAGGCGGAGGAACUAUGGCACUUCCGCUGUGAGGCCACUUCAGGCUGUAGGGUGAACGGCAUAACCUUCUGCAGCAGCUCCCCCUGGUUGGUUGUAGCGGCGUAUGGCAGCCCCUCCCUUACCAACCACUCUGGAGGCGCCCUCUGUGGCUGGAGCGCCAAGAGAAUUGGUCAGCCAGAGGUCAGGGUUCCCCUGCCGGGGCCCGCCACUGUGGUCAGCUCUUGCCCCGCAGCGCCCCAGCUGUGUUGUGUUGCUCUUCUUGACGGUACACUGCUGGUGUACCAGCUGGAUACCCCCGCCCCCCAGCUGGUCAUGGACACUAGCGGCAGCGUCGCCAAGCAUUGCGCGCCGGUGUGGGCGGUAGAGUGGCGCCAGACCUUCCAUACCAUGCCAGCCCGCUCUGAGAACACCCACACUAGUGACGCCCACGUUGAUGACGGCUGCGUUGAUGAUGACCAGGACCACGAGAUACCUGGCGACGACAUCCACGCUCCCACCACCAACUCUCAGGUGUGGCACAAGGUGGGGAUUCAGGCCCUGGUGUCAGCCUCCGAAGACGGCACAGUCAAGGAGUGGCUCUUCUCCAAGACCAGCCUCAUCCGUUGCACUACACUGAUGAGGGUGUGUGUUCCUCCAUGGGUGUCGUUGGAGAUCGCAGGCGGGCUUGGAGGGGUCCUGCGGAGACCUGAGGAGAGCCGGAUUGCCUCUACAGGUCCCUGGAGCAGCAGGGGUGGCAACGGCCAGCUGUUACCGGAGAGCGUGCCGGCCACGGCCCUCAAGUUCCGCCCGGGAGACAACACCUCCUAUCUCCUGGGCACCGUCGCCGGCCACCUUCUGAUGUGUCGGACAUUUGAGCGUCGAGGGAGCGUAGCUGUGUUCCGUGGCCACACGGGGCUGGUCACCGCCCUCGACUGGCGUCCGCCGCCCCCAGCCGACCCCGCCACCCACGUCUUCCUCUCUGCCGCCCUCGACGACUCCAUCAGGGUAUGGCAUAUGGACAAGCAGGAGCCACACUGCGUCCUCAGGAACCCGCAGGUACGGACAAGUCCCGACGGGUACGUGGACGCGUGUUGGUGUCCCUGGUACAGUAACCUUAUCGCCGGCGUGCACAGCGGAGGACUGCACCUUUGGGACAUCUCUCUCUCCACCCACACGCCCAUUCUCACCUACCCACACCCAGGGGCCACCUGCGUCACCUUCAGCCCCCACACCAGGAACGUGGUGCUGGGGGAGGAGGGCGGGUCGCUUAGCGUGAUUCACCUGACGGGGCUGGCUGUCCACUCCUCCACCGCCUUUCACAGACUCUCCAGCGUCCUCUCUCGCAUCACUAAGCUCGGAAUUAGGGCAGACGACGAGGAAGAGGAGGAGGAAUAGGUAAAGGGAGGAGGAGGAGAAGAAGAAAUGGAAGAAACGUAUUUGAAAGACGAUCAAGAGCUCAAGAAGUAGUUGGGAAAGUGCAAAUUGAGAUAUGAAAAGAAAUAUGAAGGGAAGGAAGGGAGGAGAGAUGAUGAAGCAGAAUAGGUGGAAAUAUGUAACAGAAAUUGUGUUCUGUUACCGUGUUCCGUUAGAAAAAGUAAGGAAGAAGUUGAAGAGCAGGAAAUGUGUAAUAAAGACAGAAACAAGGCAUGUGAAGGAUAGAUAGGAACAGAGAAGAUUGGCCAGAGAUCUGAAGUAAAAUAUACAUCCAUGCAACAUCUGUGUGACAUCUGUUAGACAUAUGAAGGACAUUUUUGGAACAUCUGUGAGACAAUUAUCAUAUGUGAAACAUGUCUGGGACUUUAAAGUAAAAACCUCUAUGUAACAUUUGUGGAGCAUUAGAAGGGCAAGUGCCACACAGGUGUAAAUGCUCACCAAAACACCUGCAUUAAUAACUGUAGUGAAAGUGAAAUGGGAAAGUUUUGAGUAACCUCUCACUGGCAGCUUUCUCCCCACCGAGAAACUACUGAUUGAACUCCAGUAAUUGCAGAAACAUCUGUAAUUUGAAACACUCGGCGUAUCAAAGUAACUUCUACUGUAUUAAGUAACAACUUCAUUCGCCACUGUAUUAGGUAACGUAACUGUGCUUUUGUUUCAAAGUAACGUAACUGUGCUUUUGUUUCAAAGUAACGUAACUGUGCUUUUGUUUCAAAGUAACGUAACUGUGUUUUUGUUUCAAAAUAACGUAACUAUGGUGUAUGUACUUUAAAUAUUCUACUGAAGCUGGUCUCCUAAGCUUCCGUUUUAAUGAAGAAAUUAUGCAAUGUACAACACCCUCGAUUCCAAAAGUUAUUACCGGAAAAAACGACAAUCCAAUAUUGCCUCGACUCCCACACGAUCCUCGCCAGUGGGACUGCCUAUGUGGCCUCGACACAAGACAAACCGGUGGGAGAGUAAAUGUUCAAGUGUGGAUCAAGCCAGCAAGAACAAAAAUAAAUAUAUCUUCACUGCACUU